AUGCCGAAGAAAGUUUUGCUGGACCGCAGUACUCCUGCCUGGCCGACGCAGUUGGGGCGGUAUGCCCAAAAAGUGAGACAGGUGCCACUUCUAGGCCCAGACUUUACAGUACAGGGACUGCAAUUCGACCUUCUUAAGGAUGAGGUUUAUGGGGAAUGGGAGGAGUUUGUUCAUCCGUCCGGAGUCGCCUAUUACUACAAUAGGACAAGGAACACAUACACUGGAUUGAACAUAAGAGAUUGCUCUCAGGAUCGCAUCGAUAAGUUUGAAGCUUGGAUCAAAGUAACACGAGGCCGAGUACAGGGAGAUCUCAUCUUGGUCGCUGAGCCAAGUUUUUUCCCUGAGACUUCAAGUUGGAUCACAUCCUUCUAUGACAAUUGUGCACUGAACUUGAUUGGUUUCACGCAGGGAGACAAUGGAGAAAAUCAUCAGCCGAUUAGCCAGUCUCAGCAGACUAUAUCACUUGCUUCGUUGGUGGUCUCUGUAUCUUACCAGACAUUGUCACUGAGUAAUAACACAGGCCAUCAUCAAUACCUGAACUAUUUUGGCCAACCUGAAGCUCGCCUAUUACGAACCCACUCAAUGGGCCCAGGGACUAAAAUGCGGGGACCUUUUCCUUUCAUGCUUACAGUUGCUAUGUUAUGCCUUCCAGUUUUGGUUCGCGAACAUCUCAAGCAGAUCUAUGUCGACGGCCUGGUCAAUUACCUUGAUCUCAAAAACUUCAUUGAUGACUUUAACACCCAGAACAACGCGCAAAUCACCUUAGCAGGGGUCAUCAUGGCAAUUGACACCGGGUUCCUUGCUGUGCAAGGUGUCGGUACUGGACUGAUUGCAGAGUCUAUUUUGAAGGGAUCUAUCAUUUUCUGUGCCUAUUACCUGGAUCAGGGGAUGACAGUGGUUAUUGGGGUGCUCAGUGCACCCCGUUUUUUUUGUAUGAUGAGGCAAGUCAACUUUUGGGAGAAAAGCAUCACAUGGUCCGGCUUUGGGUUCCUUGCGAGUGCCUUCAUAGAUGCCCAGCACUCCAAGCCUGCUUUCAUUACAUGUGCCUGCUGCCUAGCUGUUGUGACGACCAUUUUAAGCCCCUUGGCUUGGUAUGGUUUACAUGCAGGGGUGACACCGUAUGUUCAUCUUGAAGAUGACUGA